AGAUUAAUAAUUGAUUAGUUCACAGUCAGGAAUCUCAGUAAAAGGAAAUUGGUUACUUUGGGCUGUUACUUUGUACUGGGUCACCUACAGGAGACAGGGUGCUGCAGAACUGCCGGCAAGAAAAUGAAGGGGAUCCUGGUUCUUCUGCUUGCUGUAGCAUGGGUGCAUGCUCUAGAAAGAGGCCGAGAUUAUGAAAAGGAUAAAGUUUGUAAGGAACUUGCCAACCUGGGAAAAGAUGAUUUCGCAUCCUUAUCAAUGGUCUUAUACAGCAGAAAGUUUCCCAGUGGCACAUUUGAACAGAUCAGUCAGCUUGUGAAAGAAGUUGUCUCCUUGACAGAAACCUGCUGCGCCGAAGGGGCUGACCCCGACUGCUAUGACCGCAGGACUUCAGCAUUGUCUGCCAGGUCCUGUGAAAAGGACUCUCCAUUCCCAGUACACCCAGGAACUGCUGAGUGCUGUACCAGAGAGGGCCUUGAACGGAAACUCUGCAUGGCUACCCUGAGGCACCAGCCACAAGAAUUUCCUACCUACGUAGAGCCAACAAAUGAUGAAAUCUGUGAGGCAUUCAGGAAAGAUCCCAAAGACUUUGCUGAGCAAUUUAUGUAUGAAUAUUCCAUUAAUUAUGGACAAGCCCCUCUAUCGCUCUUAGUUGGUUACACCAAGAGCUACCUCUCCAUGGUAGGGUCCUGCUGUACCUCACCACGCCCAACAGUAUGCUUUUUGAAAGAGAGACUCCAGAUGAAGCAUUUAUCACUUCUCACCACCAUGUCAAAUAGAGUCUGCUCACAAUAUGCUGCUUAUGGGAAGGAGAAAUCAAGGCUCAGCCAUCUCAUAAAAUUAGCCCAGAAAGUGCCAACCGCUGAACUGGAAGAUGUCUUGCCACUCGCUGAAGAGAUCAACACAGUCCUGUCCAAGUGCUGUGAGUCCACCUCUGAGGACUGCAUGGCCAAGGAGCUGCCUGAAUACACAGUAAAAAUCUGUGACAACUUAUCCACAAAGGAUUCUAAGUUUAAGGACUGCUGUCUAGAAAAAACGCCCAUGGACGUGUUUGUGUGCAUUUACUUCAUGCCCGCCGCUCCAACACCAGAGCUGCCAGCCAUUGAGUUGCCCACAAAUUCAGACGUAUGUGAUAAAGGGAACACCAAAGCCAUAGAUCAGUAUACAUUUGAACUAAGCAGGAGGACUCAUCUUCCAGAAGUAUUCCUCAGUAAAAUACUUGAGCCAACCUUGAAAAGCCUUGCCGAAUGCUGUGACUCUGGAGAUGCUACCGGCUGUAUGAAUGCUCAGGGCCCUCAACUGAAAAAGGAGUUAUCAUCUUUCAUUGAGAAGGGACAAAAACUAUGUGCAGAUUAUUCAGAAAACACUUUUACUGAGUAUAAGAAAAAACUAGCAGAGCAAUUAAAAGCACAACUGCCUGAUGCCAGCGCCGUGGAACUCCAAGGGCUGAUUGACAAGCGCUCAGACUUUGCCUCCAAGUGCUGUUCCAUAAACUCACCUCCACUCUACUGUGAUUCAGAGAUUGAUGUUGAAAUGAAAAACAUCCUAUAGUCCUGAUGCAUGUGUGUGGUCUUAGAUCUGGUUUUGAAACCACCUGGGAACAUCUGAUGGCCUAACCUAAGCAAAGCCAGAGCUCCUGGGGAGACCAGUAGGAUACUCCCUGCUUUUUAUCAGCUACAAUAUCUUUAUACAAUGAUAAGUUUGAUAAUUUGCUAUGAAAAUAAAUAUAAUGCAGACCACAAAUGUUA